AUGGUGGGCUCGUUUUCAGUGCUCAAGUCAUUGCCAAUCGUGGCUGCGGGUGCCCUGGCUAAUGUGAACUAUCCUCCUAUCCCGGAAGACCUCACAACCCCUUUUCAGCAACGACUGGCUGUUUAUGGACCUAAUGCGGUGUCUGUUGGAUGGAACACUUAUGAGCAGUUGAAUCAAUCCUGUGUCCAAUACGGGACCUCUUCAGACAACUUGAGCUCCAAGGCCUGUUCCACCGGAUCAACCACUUAUAGCACAUCCCGCACGUGGGCGAGUGCUGUCGUCCUGUCCGAUCUAACCCCGGCGACGACCUACUAUUAUAAGAUUGUGUCGACGAACUCGAGCGUGGACCACUUCCUUAGCCCUCGAAGUGCCGGCGACAAGACCCCCUUCAACCUUGAUGUGGUCAUUGACCUAGGGGUGUACGGCGCCGAUGGCUUCACUGCUUCGAGCAAGAAGAAGAAGGACAGCAUUCCUUAUGUCCAGCCCGAGCUCAAUCAUGCUACGAUUGGCCGUCUUGCCCAGACUGUUGAUGACUAUGAAAUUGUGAUCCACCCUGGUGACUUUGCGUAUGCUGAUGACUGGUAUCUUAAAUUCGGUAACCUUUUGGACGGCACAGAGGCGUACCAAUCCAUCCUAGAGCAGUUCUAUGACCAGCUCGCUCCAAUUGCCGGUCGUAAGCUCUACAUGGCCAGCCCCGGCAAUCACGAGGCAGACUGUUCAGAGAUCCCGUACAUCUUGGAGCUUUGCCCAGAGGGCCAAAAGAACUUUACCGAUUUCCUGCACCGCUUCGACCGAACCAUGCCCAGCCCCUUUGCUUCUUCCUCCAGCAACGCGACGGCACAGUCCCUGGCUAGCCAAGCCAAGAGUCUCGCCGUGCCCCCCUUCUGGUACUCCUUUGAGUAUGGCAUGGCCCACAUCGUCAUGAUCAACACAGAGACCGACUUCCCUGAUGCGCCUGAUGGCAAAGACGGCUCCGCCAAGCUCGACGGCGGCCCCUUCGGCUACCCCCACCAACAGCUCGACUUCCUCAAGGCAGAUCUCGCCAGUGUUGACCGUACCGUCACUCCCUGGCUCAUCGUCGCUGGUCACCGUCCGUGGUACAGCACCGGCGGCUCUGGUAACAUCUGCACACCCUGCCAGGAAGCAUUCGAGGACCUGUUCUACGAGUAUGGCGUCGACCUCGGCGUCUUCGGACACGUGCAUAACUCGCAGCGUUUCACCCCCAUCUACAACAACACCAUCGACCCGAACGGUCUGAAGGACCCGAAGGCACCGAUGUAUAUUAUUGCUGGUGGCCCGGGAAACAUUGAAGGUCUCCUCCUCGUUGGCACGAAGCCCGACUAUACUGAAUUCGCGUACGCGGAUGACUACAGCUAUGCCACGCUGAAGCUCCUUGAUGAGCAGAACUUGCAGGUCGAUUUCAUUCGGUCUUCGACCGGCGAGGUUCUGGAUACGAGCACUUUGUUCAAGUCUCACAAGGAUGCUUUCGUGUCUCAGUAA